GUCAAAGAAAUGCUCUGUCUGCGUGCUGCCUAUUCAAGCUCCAGAUUCACAUUUUAGGGUGAUUACCGAACUAUGAGAUAGAUUUAUUGUGAGAGCGUGACGCCAAUGAAAAUUCGUAAACUUCAGGUUGACUCCUUUCUGGUUUGGAUAUUGAAAACAAAUAUUUCAGUUCUCUGAAGUCACCCAAACACCACUGCAGCUACUGAAAUCAGGUCUUAAGACAUUCAGGCAUGCAUGAUUACACACUCGCUGCAAGGAAGCAACAAGUGCAAGUGUGACCAACGGAUCAGAUAUUUUCUAUCUAUCAGCAUAGAGAAGGUAGAACCAGACAGGAUGGCCGACCGCUACCAAAACAACAUAUACCACCAAAGCGACGGCGACAGCUAUGGGACUUAUGGAGAAGGUGAUGGAGGUGGUCACGAUGGAUAUGGCUACCAGGCCGAAUAUCCCCCCCAAGAAGAGGACGCUGCCAGUGAUGUGACUGAAGGUCAUGAUGAAGAAGACCAAAUGUAUGAAGGAGAAUAUCAAGGGAUACCACAUCCUGAUGAGGUGAAGGCCGCACAGAGGGCUGCAAGGGCAAAAUCUCGAGCUGGCGGUGCACUCACCGAACUGCAGGAGUUAUCGGAACAGUAUGAGGAUAUCAUGGAAGACUGUGGCCAUGGAAAGUUCCAGUGGACGCUCUUCAUGGUGCUGGGCCUGGCUCUCAUGGCUGAUGGGGUGGAAUGUUUUGUAGUUGCCUUUGUUCUGCCAUCUGCCGAAAAGGACCUGUGCCUGUCCAAUGCAGAGAAGGGGAUGUUGGGUCUGAUUGUCUUCCUGAGUAUGAUGGUGGGAGCAUUCAUAUGGGGUGGUCUCGCAGACAAAGUUGGCCGUCGACGCUGUUUGGUUGUGGCCUUAGCUAUAAACUGUGUCUUCGUCUUCCUAUCUUCUUUCGCCCAGAGCUAUGGCUUCUUCCUCUUCUUCAGGCUGCUGUCAGGCAUCGGUAUCGGUGGCACAGUGCCGAUUGUCUACUCGUACUUCUCUGAGUUCCUCCAGAUGGACAAGCGAGGAGAGCAUCUUUCCUGGUUGUGUAUGUUUUGGAUGAUUGGUGCGAUUUUUGCCUCUUUUACUGCCUGGGGAAUCAUCCCCAGAUAUGGUUGGGGGUUCAGUAUGGGCACAGACUUCCAGUUCCACAGUUGGAGGUUAUUUGUUCUGGUUGCAGCUCUUCCUGCCAUCGCCUCUCUCAUCGGACUAACAUUCAUGCCUGAGAGUCCUCGCUUCUUGCUUGAGAAUGCCAAGCACGAUGAAGCAUGGAUGAUUCUGAAGCAGGUCCACGACACCAACUGGAGAGCCAAAGGACAGCCGGAAAAAGUCUUCACCGUGACUCACAUCAAGGCUCCAAAGACAGCAGAGGAUGAGUUAAUUGAGAUUCAAAGUGCUACAGGAACAGCUGUGCAACGCUGGGCUGUCCGCUCACUUACGCUAUGUAAACUGGUAUUUAAGAACGUAGCAUCUCUCUUUUCUGCUGAGCUGAGGUUUGCUACUCUCUUUAUGGCCAUCAUCUGGUUCUGCAUGGCUUUCAGCUACUAUGGCCUAUCUGUGUGGUUCCCAGACAUGAUCAAGCACCUUCAAUAUGAGGAGUAUGAAUCCAGAGUCAAGGUAUUCCAUAAAGAAAAAGUGGAGAACUUCCAUUUCAACUUUUCUUUAGAGAACCAGGUCCAUAAAGAAGGCGAAUACAUCCAUGACAAGUUCAUCAAAAUAGAACUGAAGUCUGUGAAGUUUGAGGACUCAUUGUUUGAAGACUGUCUCUUUGAGGACAUCAAGUCCACUGACACGAUGUUUGAGAACUGCACCAUACGCAACACUGUCUUCACUAAUACAGAUCUGAAGGAGAAGUUCAUUGACUGUAAAAUGGAAAACAACACCUUUGAGGACGACAAACUUGGCUGUCACCUAGAUACUGGUGAAGAGAAUGAUGUCCUCAUAUAUCUGGUCAGUUUCCUUGGCAGUCUGGCUGUGUUGCCUGGCAACAUCAUCUCCGCCCUCUUCAUGGAGAAGAUCGGCAGAGUCAAGAUUAUAGGUGGCUCAAUGCUGAUCUCAGCAGGCUGUACCUUUUUCCUGUUUCUGAGCUUCAGCCAAUCUGCGAUCAUCGCUCUACAGUGUCUCUUCUGUGGCGUCAGUGUGGCUGCAUGGAAUGGCAUUGAGGUGGUGACAGUAGAGCUCUACCCUGCUUCUAAAAGGGCAACAGCCUUCGGUGUCCUGAAUGCUCUCUGUAAGCUGGCAGCGGUUCUUGGCAGCUCUAUCUUCGCCAGUUUUGUGGGCAUCACCAAAGCCAUCCCCAUCCUGCUAUCAUUUGUUGCGCUGGUAUGCGGCGGCAUGGUUGCCCUCAAAUUGCCGGACACCCGAGAGAAAAUUCUCCAAUGAGGUGACUUGAGGUCCAGUAUUGAGAGUGUUUAAGACAUACUGUAAUUGCUUGAUGUUGAAGUCUUGGCAGCACCAAUUGACUUUUACUGCACUUUUCUUUCCAAGGCAAGGACGGUAACAACUUCAAAUACAAAAUGCCAUGUUGUACUGAUUAUUUUUUAUUUUGACAAUGCGCGUUUUGAGGGCUAGAUCAGACAAAGUGAGAUGAGAUAGAUUUAGUUUGUUUCAGUUAUCAGGGAUGAUCUUAAAAUAAUGUGUGAAAAGAAUAUGCAUACACUAACUUAAAUUAUGUGCACACUCAAUAUGACACAAAUCACAAUGUAAUUGAUCAUCAUUCCCCAUGCUCUGUGUUGAAUAUAUAAUGUGAAAUGACAUCACAAACUGACAACAUCAGUUUUUAAUUGUCUCACUGGCAGCAAAGUCCAUUUUUAAAUGUGUUGCAAAAAUGAUCCUACAAUUGUGAUUUGAUACCCAGCUCGUCCUAAUGCUAUUCAUUGUGUCCUUGUUAAAUGUUUACACUUGUCAGUACUCUUAACUGGAGUGACUGGAACAUAAGGCAGGAUAAACUGUGAUAAUUAAAUCAAUAAUAAUCCACAUUUUUAAAAUGUACUCAAAUCCAUGGCUAAAUUGCACCGAUGCUUUUGUCCCGAGACUUGACAAACAUGAGGUUUUAUAAGUGUAGUCAGUUAUGUACUAUUACCAUUCAUAGCUGCUUUACAUUGAAGAUGUUUAUUUUAGUACUGACACUAUUAGAGAGAUGUUUUAUGUGUUACAUAUUCACCCGUGCGUUUUCUGUUUCUCGGUUAAUUUAUAGAGACAAGUUUGCACCUAUGCAAACUUGAAAACGAAUUGAUCAGGCGCGUGAACCACUACAUUGUCAAUGACUCCUUACUUAAUGUGUGUAUUUUCGUGGCUGCAGCAAAUAAACACAUUCAUCUCAUGAAAAGUACUUAUUUGCACUCAAGAUAUUUGAAUCUCUAAUAGUGUCAGUCGAAAAAUAACUCACCUUUGUAAAGGCACAUCAUUUAAUACAAUUUGGGAAAUGACAAACGCGCAGGCGUGUCUAAUAGAUUUAAAGUGUCCAGUGAAUUCUGUUUACAGGCACAUUUAUUAUUGCAUUCCAAGCCGCUCCUGCAACUGAUGAGCACAUCAACACUGACAAUGCACAUACCAACAUAUACGGAUGACAUUACAUGUGUGGGUGAUGGAGCUAAAUGUUUUAUUUUUCUUGUAAAAUUUGAUGUUGACAUGUAUUUAUUGCAAGCGGUUCCGUGGCGCAAUUGGUUGUGUAAGUAACUAACUGCAUGUUUGUCUGAUGUUUUCUCUUGUUUGUAUGUUUGUCAACGUGUGCACCACAAAAAAUUUCCUCAAAUGGUCUGUGCUUCCUCUAAAGCAGGGAUUGUCAACGGGUGGUCCGCGGCAGUCUAGUGGGCGAAAUUGGAAAUGAAAAUUAAUUGUAAGAUUUUUAAAAAUAAAAUGUAUCUAUUAUUUACACUUAAUUUAUUUUCCAGUUAAUUUUGUGAAUCAUUUACCUAUACAAAUGUCAAAUGUAGCUGAGAUUCCCAAAUUUGACAUACAGAUGCAAAUAAAUAGCCUGUGUAGGUCUAUCCAAAAUUCCCAAAAAUUCCACUGCAAAAACAGUGGUCCCCGAGUUGCAUCUUGGUUGUAAUGCUCUAAAAAACCCUGCUCUAAAGUCCGAAUAGUUCAUUUCUCUGCAUAUGACUCGCAUCCAAAGAGGGAAAAAAAGCUGGUUUCGAAAUUUUAUUCUACAUCCUCGGUUAGCUCUGGUUUUGGUUGCUCUGUUGUCUAAUGACAAGUGUUGUCUUGCACCAGCACAUUUACUAGCUUUAGUUAAACUUACGUACAUGAGCUGUAACCAA